ACGUCGGCGCUGCGGUAUCCAGACGCCAAGGUGCCCGGCUGCGGGCCCGCCGUGCAGUCCGUGAGGUACGACGAGCAGGGCUGCCCGGUGCCCCAGCGGCCCGAGCGCCUGCCCGGGGCGACGUCGGCACAGCUCGGGGACGGCUUCCAGCGCCAGGACUUCGAGCCCACGACCUUCGUGCCGCGAGAGAAGGACAACGAGAAGGGCGAGCUGGAGAGCGCGUCGCUGGCGCAGGCGCAAGUCAGGCCUGGCUUCGUGCCGUGGCGCAUCUUCUGCGCCGCCACCGUGCUGCUCAUCUGCCUCUGGUGGUUCGCCGGCGUGUUUGUGCUGCUCGGCUCCUUCGGCAUCGAGGUCUUCAAGGUCUCGCCGCUGCUCCGCGAGGAGGGCGUGGAGAGCGCCUCCGACGCCUCCAAGUCUGGCAAGGAGCAGGCGGCGGGCGGCGAAUCUGGCCACAGGGAGGCCGUGUUCUUGCAGCACGCGGGCACGACCACCCACGGCGGGCAGCUGGCCGGGGCCAGGAUGCUGGAGGUGCAUUGGCCCCACAGCCGCGUCCAGGCGCACGGGCUGGCCUGCAGCGACCUGCCGAGGCGG